GUUGUAUUGCUGCAAUCCCCACUGUCACUCUCUCUGUCCACAAUGUCGAGCGACAUUGUAUUUAGUUGCAAGUGUUCCAAUCAAAGACUAUUGCGGCAAGAUAAGAUCUGCAUGCGAUUGGGGCACGCGUGCCGGUUACCCCCGCUUUACACGGGCUUUCCCCCUGGCUUUCGCGGCCCAGCGUAUUAUGCAACGUAUUUGAACGUACUGUACUAGAAAUCCUAGUACGCUGUAUUAAUACGCGUAUUAUGGACAGAGGGUCACGUACUAGGCAACCCUGAACGCAGUGGCAUGCACUACUGUGAAGAUGCGGCUUGGUCAUGCACAGCCUGCAGCAGUGCGCCGCGGCGGCAAUGCGCCGGGCCGCCGGCGUACAGCCUGGCGGUGGUACGAAUAUGCGGAGCGAAGGGAGAUGGCAAGGCGCCAAGACCACAAGGAGGCGACCGUGUGCCGCAAGCAGUUUGGACCGGCAGGUGUCUGGUGAGUGGUACGCAGGAGAGCAUAGCUCUGGCUGAUUGGAUGUGUUGUGCUGAGACCGAGUCAACACCCGGAUUUGGCUGUCAUCCUCAGCCUCUC